CCCUGAGUUCCUAGCAUGCUUGACCCAUGGCCACCGAAUUCCAGCGCGCCUGUCGUGCUCUUGAAAAAUUGCAGGAGAGUGUGUCCCAGCUGGCUGGUGCUCAGGGUGAGGUAAGCGACUGGAUCGUUCUUGCCACCACCAGCGCAGCGGAACAUUCGAUCUCGGAGGAUGAGCGCAUCGCUUUCGUUGAAGCGGAGGAGAAGUUGCUACAUCUGGAGGAGCUCACUGUGAAGAUGCGGAAGAAAUGUCACGCGCACGAAGAGCUUCAAAGGUUGCAAGCUGAGCUUGAACGUGACGCCAGCAUCGGCGAGGUGCUGUUGGGGCGGAUUGCCGAACUACAAGGUACCGCAACCUAUGGGCGUAAUAUGCUUGAGAAGGUCAAUUCCUUUCUAGCACAGUUUGACGCGGCCAAAGAACGCUUCACAUCAGAAGUUGUGCCGCGCUUCGCUGCUGCAGUGGCAGCACAUGAGGCUGAAGAGGCUUUGUGCAACGAGCGAGAGCACAGACAGGCGGAACUGGAGCGAAGUCGGGCCUGGGAAGAACAGCAGAAACCCUUGGAGGAGCUGUUAGCCAGUAGCGAGAAGCGCUUACAGGAACUGCAGCUGGCACAACAGGACUCAGAGUGGCUUCGUGUUUGGAAAAGCUCAAGGCACCUUGAAAUGAGUUUUGAAGAAGUUGCACGAGACGCACGCGCAACGAAGAGCAUAUACAGCUGAUAUACGGCUGAUAUACGGCUGAUAUACAGCUGAUAUACAGCUGAUAUACAGCUGAUAUACAGCUGGACUGAUGCUCCAAAGUCGAGAUAUGUCUAGAUUCUUUAUUGAUAUUGAUGCCCAAACUGAAACCUGGUGCCCAUGCACCAAGCAUCACAAACCAUGCUUUAAGCCUCGAGCAUGCUGCCUGACAAAUCAGUCUUUGCCUUGCAAAAAAGAAACGACUGUAUGCCCU